AUGGCGGCCUCGCCCCGCGCCCUUCGAAAUGGCCUCCCCGGGAGCGGCGGGCGGCCCUGCCCCUUUCCAAAAUGGCGGAGACGGCGUCAGCGCGUCACGGCGGCGGGGGGCGGGGCGAGCGGGUCACGGGCCGCGCCGCUGCCAUGGCAACGGGCGGGGAGCGGGGGCGGGAUGGAGCCGGCCGGGAUGGAGCCGGCGGGGAUGGGGAUGGAACCAGCGGGGAUGGAGCCGGAGCCGGCGGGGAUGGGGACAGCGGGCAUGGGGGUGGAACGGGCGGGGAUGGGGACGGCGGGGAUGGAGCCGGCUGGGACGGAGCCAGCCCGGGAGGCGGAGGAGCCCCCGGGGUCCCCGGCCCUGCCCGCUGAGCCCCGGCAGGGCCCGGGCGGGCGGGCGGCGCGGGGCAGGGCCCGGCGGGCCCCGGGCCGGCGCGGCGGGGACGAGGGCGGCCGGCGGCCCGGGGUCACAGUGGACAGUUCCAAGGCCAAGACCUCGCUGGAGGCGCUGAAGAUCAGCCUGCGGCAGCUCCGCUGGAAGGAGUUUCCUUUUGGCCGCCGCUUGCCCUGCGAUAUCUAUUGGCAUGGGGUGUCGUUUCAUGACAAUAAUAUCUUCUCAGGUCAAGUCAACAAGUUUCCAGGUAUGAUGGAGACAGUCCGGAAAAUCACCCUGAGUCGGGCCAUGAGAACAAUGCAGGACCUGUUUCCUCUUGAGUAUAACUUCUAUCCUCGGUCCUGGAUUCUGCCAGAAGAACUUCCCCUCUUUGUGGCUGAGGUUCGGGUGAUGAAGGACAGCGAUCCGUCCUGGAAGCCCACUUUUAUUGUGAAGCCUGAUGGAGGCUGCCAGGGGGAUGGAAUCUACCUCAUUAAGGACCCCAGUGACAUCAGGCUGACAGGAAGCAUCCAGAGCCGGCCAGCUGUGGUCCAGGAAUAUAUUUGCAAACCACUGCUCGUGGACAAACUGAAAUUUGAUAUUCGUCUUUAUGUCUUGCUGAAAUCCUUAGAGCCCUUAGAGAUUUAUAUAGCCAAAGAUGGACUUUCUAGGUUUUGUACGGAGCCCUAUCAAGAACCCACUUUAAAAAAUUUGCACCAGGUUUUUAUGCACUUAACCAACUAUUCACUAAAUAUCCAUAGUGAGAAUUUCAUCCAUUCUGACAGUGUAAACACUGGCAGCAAGAGGACUUUUUCAAGCAUUCUGUGCAGACUGUCUUCCAGAGGAGCUGAUGUCAAAAAGCUCUGGUCAGAUAUAAUUUCACUGGUGAUUAAAACUAUUAUUGCACUGACUCCAGAACUGAAAGUUUACUAUCAGUCUGACAUCCCGUCAGGAAAGCCUGGGCCAACUUGCUUCCAGAUUUUAGGGUUUGACAUUCUCCUGAUGAAAAACUUGAAGCCCAUGUUACUAGAAGUAAAUGCAAACCCCAGCAUGAGAAUAGAACAUGAGCAAGAGCUUUCUCCUGGAGUAUUUGAGAAUGUCCCAAGCCCUGUUGAUGAAGAAGUGAAAGUUGCUGUCAUCAGAGACACUCUGCGCCUGGUGGACCCCCAGAAAAAAAAGAGGAAAGAUGCCCAGUGUCCACGCUUGGAGCACGUGCCGGAAUCGAGCGAGUCGCUGCCGGAUGCGGUGCCGGCCGAGCGGCCGGAGCCGGACGGUCCCCGGAGCCCCGAGGCCGGGCUGCCCUCCCUCUGCCUCAAGCAGGUGUUCCCCAAGUACGCCAAGCAGUUCAGUUACCUGCGGCUCGUGGACAGGGUGGCCGCGCUCUUCAUCCGCUUCCUGGGGGUCAAAGGCACGACCAAGCUGGGGCCGACGGGUUUCCGGACCUUUAUAAGAAACUGCAAACUGAGUAACAGCAAUUUUUCAAUGGCUGCUGUAGAUAUCCUGUACAUUGAUAUCACAAGGAGGUGGAACAGCAUGGGAAUUGACCACAAAGAAUCAGGAAUGUGUCUGCAGGCCUUUGUGGAAGCUUUCUUCUGCCUGGCUCAGAAGAAGUACAAGUCCCUCCCUCUGCACGAGCAGGUGCUGUCGCUGAUCGAGUUCUGUGAGUGUCACUUGGCUGCCCUGGACGAGAAGCGCCUGCUGUGGGGCUGGGGGGUCCCGGAGCGCCGGGGGGGCACUGGGGGGCCCUGCCAGGCUGAGGGGCUGCACCUCAGCCCAGCUGCUCCAGCCCUCCUGAACCGCACGGCCACGGCCUCCAAACUGGCAGAUUAUAGAACCCAGCGCAAUUAGGCGGGACAGGACUGGGAGUUCCUUCCCAGCUGUGCCCCUGAACUGCUGGGGGAGACACAGGCACUGAAUUCCUCCAUCUGAGAGUCACAGCUGUUUAUUUCAGCUGGUUUUUAUUUAUGGUCUUCGAAAAGUCUUCUGCAGGCUGCCAUUCUCAAAUAGUGACCUUGGCAAUGGCUGUUUCUUGAGCUCUCUGUGGGUGCCCCUCCCGUGACACGCUGUGCUUUCCUCCUGAGUGUGUGGAAACCAGGCAGGAAGGGGAGGACCAAAACACGAGGGGAACCAGCACCGUGGGAUUGGCUGCACUGGUGGAGAGGCACACUCGUGUCAAAGGAAUUACACUGCUUUGGGAG